CGAGCACCGCCUGUUCUUCAGCUCUCUUACAACAACAAACGCGCUCUCAUCGGUUGGACGAGUGCAGACUAGAGACGGAAAUACAUUAAACAUGUAGUUUUCUCAACUUACACCUCGUUAAGUUACACAUUUGUGGAUAAGACAACUUGAAAACGGACAACAAAAACCAGGUCGCAUUCAGUAUUUCUCUGCAGACUUUACAGAGAAGCGGCUGUCCCGGAGCUACUCCAACGAUACAUGUCGGCGAGGACGGAGAGGCCGGGAGAGAGUGAAGAUCUGUUCAUCAGAGUGAGUCUCUGGGAUGCUCGACGGACCCGUACCGCAUGCUUCUCUAAGACCUCCGGAAGCUAAGACAGAACAUUUGACCCCUCCGAGCCGCCAUCAUGGCUCUGGUUCAGGCUCUGCCCAUCUCUACUGAGCCUCACACCCCCGGCCAUAGUGGAUCCCGCAGGAGACACCACUCCUCCUCGUCCCCCGUCAACGCUCCACCCUCCGCUCUGGAUCCCAUGGGUUCUGUCAGCAGUCUCAUCGCCGCCCGUCCAGGACCCUACCAAGACCUCCGUUCUGGCGGGGAGCUGGGAGCCAGGGUGCGGCGGCCCACACAGGGCGCCUCCUGUCUGGGCUCUGAGUCACCCCAGGACCCUUUACUGCAGAACAUCCUGCCACUCUUGAAACAGAGCUCCACAGGCUCCGGCAGGGGUCUGAUGGAAAAGGAGAGCGGGAAUGGGAACCACACCUAUCUGAAUGAGGACUUCAUAGGAGACUGGAACGACAACCAUGUGACGCCUGUGAGCCCGGGGACGGACGUGGACGGGAGUCAAGAAGUGUCCGGGUUAAAUGGAAAUAUGGGCGGACCGCCUCCAAAACUGGUCCCUGUGUCAGGAAAACUGGAGAGGAACAUGGAGAAAACGGUGCUGCGGCCCACAGCCUUCAAACCCGUCAUUCCCAAGAACCGGACGUCCAUGCAGUACCUCUCCCCCCGCCAUGUUGCCAACGUAUCAGAAAGCCAAAACAACCUGAACCUGCUCAGUCCGACCCACAGAGAAUCAUCGCCCUCCAGCACGGAGAAAAGCAACGCGUACGGCCGAACGCGGAACGGCGGCAGCGGCUGCAACCAGCCGUGUCAGCUGACCGACUCUGGACGCAACUCCCUCUGCAGCAUCCCCCCAUACAGCAGCGCCCCCUACAGUCAGACGUCAGGGGAGACCACCGCUGGUCACCUGGAGCCCAUGAAGAGCGCUCCACCUGUCAGCACGCACGGACACUCAAACUCUGACAGCGGGCGCUCGUCUUCAAGUAAGAGCACCGGCUCUGGCUCGAUCAGCGGCCGAGGUCAUCCUCUCUCUGACAGCGGGUCUAGUGGGCGCUCCCCGGGCCCGGUGGAGGGUUAUGAAGGGGUGGUGAGGGACCUGGAGGACAAACUGAGGGAGAGAGAGCUGGAGCUGCAGACACUCAGAGACAACCUGGACGAGAAUGAAGCUGCUAUUUGUCAGGUCUAUGAGGAGAAGCAGAAGCGCUUCGAGCUGGAGCUGGAGGAGCUGAGGCAGGGCUGUGCCACCAGGAUGCAGGUCGCCUCGCAGAAGGCCCAGCGCGCUCAGCAGGUGCUUCAGCUGCAGGUGUAUCAACUGCAGCAGGAGAAGAAGAAGUUGCAGGAGGACUUUGCUCAGCUCCUGCAGGAGAGGGAGCAGCUGGAAGAGCGCUGCACAUCCUACGAGCACGAGAAGAUCCAGCUGGGGCCUCGACUGGAGGAGAGCAAGUGGGAGGUGUGUCAGAAGUCGGGGGAGAUCUCGUUGCUGAAGCAGCAGCUGAAGGAGGUGCAGGGCGAGUUGUCCCAGCGGGUGGGGGAGAUCGUGUCCCUGCGAGGUCAGCUCAGGGAGUCUCGCGGCGAGCUGACCAACACACAGGUGCUCCUGCAGGAGGCCAACGGGACGACGCGCACGCGGACCCUGGAGCUGGAGGUGUGCGAGAACGAGCUCCAGCGGCGCAAGAGCGAGGCGGAGCUGCUGAGGGAGAAGGUGGGACGCCUGGAGGGAGAGCUGGUUCACCUCAGAGACGCUUUGGCCAAUCAGGGCCCGGGAAACAGACAGUGUCAGGUGUUCCACGAGGCCGAGGAGCACAUGCUGGCCUACGAGAGCGACGAGGCGAAGGCUCAGCGGCAGAGCACUUCAGAGGCGCUGCAGAGCAUGAAGCUGCAGAUGGACAGGAUGAAGUCGGAGCUCGCCUUCGAGCACCAGCGGGCGGAGCAGCAGAUGGGGGGCUUUGAGGAGGAGCGCAAGAUAUGGCAGGAGGAGAAGGACAAGGUGAUCCGCUACCAGAAGCAGCUGCAGCAGAACUACGUGCAGAUGUACCGCAGGAACCGAGAGCUGGAGCAGCUGCUGCAGGAGCUCAGUCAGGAGGAGGACGAGGGCAGCGGCAACGAGAUCAACUUCGACGAGAUCGCCGCCACGGAAAUAUGAACCCUCGUGUCCGUUCAUGUUUUAUUUGCACUACUGUCAGCUUUUUUUUUUUUGAAAUUCACCUUCACGUCACAGAUCGGAUCUCCUCUGCGCUGUCUGGAUGGAAACAUAAACCCUGUUCACACAAGCAUCACAAAUGGACAUCUCAAAGCACAGCUGUUCACACCUGGAAUUAUCAUGACCUGAAAAUGCAUCUCAAAAUGUGUUUCCAGUGACCACUUGUUUGAUACUUUCAUGCAAAAUAACACACAAAGCAGCAUUUACCUUUAUUAGGCUUUAAACGACAUCGACUGUUACUUGCAGAUACAAAGAGAGAGAGAGAGCGAGUGUGUAAUAUCAAACUUUCUAUGGAACAUAAUUUCACUUUACAGCUGUUUAAUUUAUCAGUGAGUGAGAAACUACUGCAGACUGGAGUCUCUGGAAACUAAUAGAGCCACUCAACUAAAAAAAAACAAAAACAGUCAGAUCCUAAGCCCAUAUCCAUCACCGGUAGUGUUUAAACCUGUACUUCAGGCUGUCCACUCGUGAUGUCAUCACUUAGGAUGCCAGGUGAAAACAGGACAACAGUUUGAGGAGACGUGUAAAAAAACAUCUGCAGUGUAAAAUCAGCCGCACGUUAGCUCUGCCUCAUCGGUCUAGUCUCCAAGGAGUCCCACUUAAAAGCCAACGACCUCUAUUAGUCGUUAGUAGGCCACCUCAGUCCUCUGCCCCCCACUCAUUAUCAUUUAUGUGAGUGUUUAUGAGCUACGUCUUUUCCCGCAGUUUUAGUGGGAGUUAUUAUGUGUGAGUAACAUUUCACCCUCCUCCUCCUCCUCCUCCUGUGUUUGUCAGGAUUCCUCCUCCCUGCUCAGAUUAUCACCACACUCCCACUCUGUGUUAGCAGUCUGCUCUUGUUUGUGUCGUUAAUAUGGACAAAGCCCACGCUGCUGUACGGUGACAGAAAACGUGGGACUCUGCACACGUCAAGGUUGAGAGUGAGUGAGUCAGAGCGCGGUGCUGAGGUUGGAGAGCGAUGAUCUAUCAAACUACUACAGCCUUUAUGUAAACGCCAUUCGGACUGAAAAGAGUAACUGCAGAUGUUUUCUUCCUUUAAUUUGAUUGACAAACUAUUCAAAUUUUCUGAAAUUCUACGGCACAUAAGGUGUUUUAUAACUUUGAAAAAGGCAGAAUUUGACACUCUAGGACACUUUUAUGUAAGAGGAUGUAUGAGGGAAUAAAAUCCUAAAAUUGGGCUCUUACAUCCUGAACAAUGAAACCUAAAAAAGUUUAGAUGUAAACAUCAACAGAGUGCAAUGUAAUCAGAUACAAAAUCAUCACAUGAUUAUGACUGAACCAGCUUUAAAACCAGCACAGAUUUGUGUGGAAAGUUUGGAUUAAAUGAUUUUCCUUUUUCAUAUAGAAGGGGUUAUAUGGAUCAAAUACAGUACCAAGUAUCGAUCACACUGUAUAUCAUGAUAUCAUGAAUGUUCAGAAAUUAAAUUGGCUUUUUUUUAACAGCAGACGUUAAUGCUCUUCAUAGCAGGAGAAGUUGAUAAGCAAUAUUGAAACCGACUGUUUUUCCAUUAACAUGAAUUCAAAGAGAUCCAGUUCCAGGCUCACUGUCGGGUCUUACCGGGAAAAACUUCAUGAAACCAAGCUAAUUCGUUUCACGUCUUCUGUGUUAAAGGUUCUCUGAGAAACUUUCUGUUUUUAGCUAAUCAAGCAAAUAAAACACCCGGUAAGAAAAAUCAAAAUAACUCAAAAGUCAUGUUUUAAAAAAAAAACAUUAUUAGCAUUUUGGUUUCUACUUCCAAAAACAGAAUGAGUUUAAUGUUUUGAGGCCGACACUUUGUUGUUUGUGUUGUUCAGAGAUGCUUAUUUAGAUUUUAAUGGCUGCUCUUUUUUCUAAUGUUAAACUGUAAACAUUCAAAAAGGGAGUGAUCAACAGUGUUUGAAGAGAGGGAGGGUCAGAAAUACAUAUUUUUUUCUUUUCACAUAAAGCAUUAAACGCUGCUUAUUGGUGUAAAACCUUUUCAUAAACUGGCCUGAAACAUCCAGAAUUAUAAACCUGGUAUGUAGCAACCACAGCUUGAACUGUAUGUCAGAGUCAUGGCGUACAAGUCCUUAAGUCACCGGCUCCAUCUGUUUCAUUUCAGUCAGUGAUAUGUUGAAGGAGGCAAACUGAACUUUAAAAAAGAUAAACAUACACUCAUCUGAAUUUAAUCUCUUUACUGGUUCACACAUGUUCCAGAUUAAGACGUGUGAGACGGUCCUGAAACAAAUCCUUCAUGGCUCGUUUAUCUGAUAAUCAGAGCGAAUAAUUUAAACACUUUUCUGCGUAAGAGCUGAAGAAAGAGAUGACUGUGUGUGUUUAUGUGUUACUAAGGAUUAAAUCUCUGAUGGGAAGUCGUGCACUGAAUGAGCCUCUUUAUGAGUAAACUACCUGACGACCUUUAAAGUAUAAGACCUGUUAUUCCGCACAGCUGAGCUCAGAGAAAAAAAGAAAAAAAAACCUUUUUGUUUUGUCCCAUUAUAACCUGCUGAUUGAGUUUCCCUCCUCUGUAAAUGACCCGGAGAAAUCAUCGAGAUGUGUGUCCUUAAACAUACAAACAUAGCCACUGUGAAUAGACCAAAGCAAUGUCGCACCUGUUCUAUUAGCUCCUCCUCCUCCAGAUAUGACACCUGUAUAUUAACGUCAGUGUGGAUGUCCGUUCUGUGAUUUUAUAAUCCACAAUAUUUGUAUGAAGACAUUAAAUGUAUAUUUUCAUGCUGUACAUAUCUUGAACAAACCUACUAUGUUUUUAAUUAAAGAAAUACAAAAUGUUGAA